CCAGAACACAACGUAUCUCAUUACAAGCAGGAAGUGGCUUGUGGUCGAAGUGCUUCCAUCGGACUCGAAAGUGCGAAUCUGUCACCGACCAAGUCAAGAGGAGAAAGAGCAGGAAUCCAAGACUCAAGCACCAUGGCCGUAUACGAUAUGGACGACGCUCUCAGCACAGCGCGAAGCAAACACACCUCCAACACACCAUCAAAACAACCUUCAAACCCCACCGCAGAAAGCAGCGAAAGAUACGACCGGCCCAUCGCCGCAGCACAGGAAUCCGGACUACCCAUCAUCGACAUCUCAUCAUACCUGGACCCCUCCUCAUCUCCUUCAGCACGGAAGACAACUGCUCAAGCCAUCAAUGCCGCAUGCGUAAACUACGGCUUCUUCUACCUCACCGGCCACGGCAUCCCCACCUCCGGGUUGCACCAGAUCAUCGACCUAGCGCGGCGGUUCUUCGCCUUACCCUUGGAACAGAAAGACAAAAUCAAGCGCUACGACGCCGGCGGCCCCGAAGGCGGAGACUCCGCACGCGGCUACCAGGGGUUGGGCGAGAAUGUCACGGGGGGCCUGCAAGACAUGCAGGAAGCUAUUGAUUUCUACCGGCCGUGGAAUGGAGAAGAGGAAGUUGGUGAUGGAGGGCAGGGGACGAGGAAGACGCUCCAGGGGCCGAAUCUGUGGCCUGAGGAGCCGAGGGAGUUGAGGGAAGUGUAUGAGGGGUAUGUUGAGAGGGUGACGGAGGUUGGGAGAAGUCUCGUGAGGGCUAUGGGUGUUGCGCUUGAGCUGGGGCCUGCGUGUGACUGUGGGGAGGCGGAUAGGAGUACAGAAGAUGAGGAGGUGUUUGUGCGGAAUUGCGAUGAGAGUUUCUGGGUUAUGCGGAUGAUCAACUAUCCUCCCCUACCGCCCUCUGUCAGACCCGCCGGCGGAAAUCCAGAGGAUCUCAGCCAAUUCUCCUGCGGCGCGCACACAGACUACGGCUGCGUCACCCUGCUGCUCACCGAUCCAACCCCGAGAGCGCUACAGGUUCAGUUGAAGGACGGGACCUGGCUUUCUGCAGACCCUAUACCAGGGGCGUUUGUGGUGAACAUAGGCGACAUGAUUGAGCGCUGGACAAAUGGGAUCUGGAAGAGUACUAUGCACAGGGUUAUACAUAGGGGUGAUGGGGGAGUCAAUGGGAAGGAGGGAGGAGGCAGGGUCAGUGUGCCGUUCUUCUUUGAACCGAAUUUUGACGCCAUGGUCAGGCCUUUGCAGAAGUGUGUAAAGGAUAGUGGAAGGCCGAGCAUGCAUGAGGGGAGCACGUACGGGGAGCAUCUGCUCACAAAGGUGUUUAGUAACUUCUACUAUAGUAAGAGGACAGAUUGGUAGCAAGGCCAACGCCUGGAAUGAGAAACCA